AUGAUAAACAGACUGUUAGUGGUUCCUGAUUUCUCCAUAACUGCAUUUCUUUUUCCUCUCCUGCUGCACGGCUUGGAGAUUACAGACCCUGGCCAAGUGACAUAUAGAGAAAACAGGAUCAAUGCAGUGGUGGAACAUGAAGCAACACUGGAAUGUGGCCCCACCCUUCCUGAUGUUUACAUCUGGAGCUUCACCAAACCAGGCACUGAGACGGUUCGAGCCGUGGUGUAUAACUUUGGCAAGGGUCCAAAGCUGCAACAGCUGGCUCAGGAUUUGGGUGACCUAAACAUCAUCAAUAACAGUGCCUCUCUGUUUACAAGAAAAGUUCUUCUAACUACAGAGGGCUUGUACACCUGCCAAGCUUUGUAUGACAGCAAAGAGGGAGCAAGGCUUUACUAUUAUUACAUCUAUUUGCGGGUUUUAGUUCCCGUGUCCAAUCCCUCUAUUCGGCUGAGUGACUCCUUGGCAGUUGAAGGCAUAUCAUUCGGGAUGCACUGUGAUCUGGAGAAUGGCACAGAACCCAUUCACUACAUAUGGGAACAGGAAAACCAUAGUGGGCAAGUCAGCAUACUGGCUGAGAGCAACAGCAGUCUUAUCACAGUUACCUCUAUUAAUCGCAACCACACAGGAUGGGUUAGGUGCCUGGCCAGAAAUGAGGUCAAUCAGCAACACAGUGACCAGAUCUGGCUAGACGUCUUAUAUGGUCCAGACAUGCCACAGAUCAAUGCUUCCAUCAAUGCAGUAACAGAAGGGGGCUAUUCAGCAUUGGAAAAUGGAAAAGUCUCCCUCAUGUGUCAAGCCAUUUCUAAACCACCCAGUCAGUAUGUUUGGUUCUACGAGAACUCUGAGAUCUACUCUGGGCCAAAGCUUACCAUCACCAAUAUCCUGCGAGUACAUGCAGGAAACUACACCUGUUUGGCACAAAACUCUUAUACCAACAACCAUGCACAGAAAACCAUCACGCUCACCAUCUACUAUCCACCUAAUGGUGUUCCAUCAUGUUCUGUUUUCUCAACAAAUAACUACACUGACCUGGCUCUCUUCUGUUCUUGGGAGGGAGGUUACCCUCCAGCUUCCCUCAACUGGAGUCCAUAUGUGAAUGAACAGAACUUACCGGGUAUCGCUAAUGUCACUCGGAUUCACACAGGAUUUGAGAUUGCUAACAACUCUGCAUUCACCUGCUAUGGCUCACAUGUUGCACUGAACAGCACCCGAACAUGCAGCACCAGGACAUGGCUGCCCUAUGGAGAACCUCAGUGCUCUGCCAACUCCAGCUUUAAUAAUGAGUACCUUAUAUUGUCUUGCUCCUGGGAGGGAGGUGUCCCUCGUGCUCUGGUGUGGUGGACUUCCAGUUCAGGAGAUACCCAAGGUUUACCUGAAGAGAACUCUAACAUUCUGGUCCUGCGCUCAAGUGCCACAUACAAUGGCAAAACCUUUGCAUGUCAUACCAGACAUCCACUAAAUAAAGAGAGCAAGAAAUGUGUGCUAAUACUAGAAAAGCCAGUAUUGAUGCCUCAGCAGAGUUUGGUUUCUGUUUUUGAGGGCAAUGAUAUCCAGCUCACUUGCCUGUUAAGUAAAACAUAUCUUCCAGUUACUAAAUUCACAUGGUACAACAACUUAAGGCAGACCGUGGGAGAUAAACCCAAGAAAUACAUUGUUCAGCAAGCUGGAGCCUGGUCCAACCUGACUGUACGGGAGGUAGACAGCAAGGUGGACAGUGGACAGUACUGGUGUGGUGCUAUUAAUGCUCUUGGAGCAACUGAGAUUUCCAUUUUACUGCUGGUGAUGAGGUACCCAACACCUCCCAAUGUCACCAUCAGUAAGAUCAUAUACAGUGGGCGUCAAAGGACAAAUGUUAACAUGGAAUGGUUGGUUCAAGCAUAUGGUGACAUAACUGGGUUCUUUAUCGAGCGUCAAACGUUCACUGUCCCUGUAGAGAAGAGUGACAUCGUCCCCGUCUGGCAGAAAGUUACAGAAAAUUUGGAACCCAGUACCCGCAGCUACCAAAUCACCAAUUUGGACCCCAGUUCCAAGUAUGCAUUUCGUGUAACACCUAUCAAUCGCCGUACUAUUGGAUAUCCUUCUGAGAUCAAGAGCCCAGUGUCAACACCUGUGUCCAAACCAUAUAUCCUGCUGGGUGACCCGUCACCUGUGGAAGGAACAUCAGUAUGGAUGCAAUGUAGUCUGGAUAGUGGAACUGAUCCAGUACAGUACACGUGGGAGCAGGAGAGCCAGAGUGGGCUGGUCACCAUAUUAGCUGACAGCAGCAGCGGUUUCAUUAACAUCACCUCUGUGACACGCAAUCACACCGGCUGGAUCAGGUGCCUGGCGAGGAACGAGGUCAAUCAGCAGCGCAGUGAUCGAAUCUGGUUAGAUGUUAUAUUUGGUCCAGAUGUCCCACAGAUUGAUGUAACUCCCUACUCAGUAAUGGAUCAGGGAUACUCGGCUGUGGAGAAAGAGACAGUUUUUCUUCUAUGUCAAGCCUCCUCUAACCCUUCCAGUCAAUACAUCUGGUUCUACAAUAACUCCCAGAUCUACACUGGACCACAGCUCACCAUCAGCAAAAUCCUGCGAAUACACACAGGCUACUAUGCCUGUCUGGCUCAGAACAUUUUCUUAAACACCCGGUCCAAGAAAACCAUCACUCUCACCGUCUACUAUCCACCAGACAACAAUCCAUCUUGUUCUGUUCUCCCGGUGAACAACUACUCUGACCUGGCUCUGUCCUGUUCCUGGAAGGGAGGUUAUCCUCCACCUACCGUGAACUGGAGUCCAUAUGUUAAUGGAGACAACAGAGAGGGCGUUGCUAACAUCACUUUGAUUCAGCCGGGGCCUGAGACAGCUAAUAACUCUGUAUUCACCUGCUAUGGUUCACAUAUUGCACUAAAUGUUGCCCAAACUUGUAUCAUUAGAACUUGGUUGCCAUAUGGAGAACCCAGGUGUUCUGCAUAUGCGACUCGUAACAAUGAAUACCUGAUGCUGUCCUGCUCCUGGGAGGGUGGUUUACCUCGGGCUCUGUUGUGGUGGGCUUCUAGUUCAGGAGACAUCCAGGGAACAUCUGAGGAGAACUCCAACAUCCUGGUCCUGCGCUCCAGUGCCACCUACAGCGGGAAAGCAUUUGUUUGCCAUGCCAAACAUCCAUUAAUUAAAGAGAGCAAGACGUGUGUGUUAAAGUUAGAGGCACCAGUGUUGAUGACUCAGCGCAGUGUGGUUUCAGUCUAUGAGGGCAGUGAUGUCCAGCUGUCCUGCAUCCUGAGUAAAAACUACCCAGCAGUCACAGAGAUCACCUGGUACAAUAACUUAAAGCAAAACGUCGGUGAGACGCCCAAGAAAUAUGUUCUUGAGAAAGCUGCUGCCUGGUUAAACCUGACUGUCAGGGAGACAGACAGCAAGGUGGACAGUGGACAGUACUGGUGUUCUGCUGCCAAUGCCGUCGGAGGAGCAGAGAUUCCCGUCUUGCUCCUAGUAAUGAGAUACCCAAUGCCUCCAAAUGUGACCAUAAGUAGGAUAACCUACAGCAGCCAGCAGAGGACAGAUGUCCUGGUGGAGUGGUUAAUCCAAAGAGAUGGAGACCUCACCAGCUUUUUCAUCGAGCGUCAGAGGCUCCCUGUAGGCAGGAGUAAUGAUGUUCCUCUUUGGCAGAAAGUGAUAGUAGAUCUUGAACCAAGCACCCGCAGCUACCAGAUCACCAAUCUGGAUCCUAAUGGGAAAUACGCAGUCCGUGUGACUGCUGUCAAUCACCGAACCACUGGACAUCCAUCAGAGGUCAAGAGCCCAGCAACCCCUCGCUUCAAGGCUUACUCUGCUGUCAUUGGAGCGGCCAUUGGAGGCAUGCUUCUGGCAACAUUAUCUACAGUCGUGCUUUUAAUUUUUGUGCUGCGGAAUCGCAUCAACAACCCUCGUCUUCACAACGUGAUAUUUGGAAGGAAUAACAGUCAGUCCAGAGAAAAUAUCAACUUUCCUGAGGACGAGGUGGUUAGAGGAGCAGAAAGCGAGGGCGGCAGAGGAGAAACAAAGCCAGCACCAUCAAUGACUCAGCCAAGAUCCGCUACAGUGCUCACAACCACCUCCCUUGACAACAACCAGACAAAAUCACUAUCACAGCCAUCCUCUCAAACUGGCAGCUCAUAAUGCAAACCAAAUCUUUAAUCAUCUACUUUAUAGUAACUGUUAAUGAAACACACAACAUGCAGAAAC